GAAUCGUUUUUGCUGCAGUAUUGUUUCCUCUUUGGCCACCUAUAUUACGAGAUAUGGUUUGGUACAUAUCAGUGGCUAUAUUAUGUCUCUUUGGAGUGUUCAUGAUCAUUGCUGUGGUCAGACUUGUGCUGUUCAUUAUCACGAUGAUAGUCGUACCUCCUGGCAUAUGGAUAUUUCCUAACUUAUUUGCGGAC